GAUAAAGCGGAGCUCCAGUCUGUGGGGGAGGUAGUUGCAACAGCUGCGGCUAUCGAGGAGGAUGAGAUUGCGGCUCAGCAGAAGGAGGCUAAUAGUAGUGAGAUCGAUGACUUUGGUGGAGAGAGGGAUACGCCCACCGGGUCUAUUGCUAAGAAGAUAAGACUAACAGGAACCUCAGUAGCAUCGUCCCCUCGAGAUGGGAAUAGCGACUCGGUAACGGAGUCUGUGAAUGACACUGAGACGCUGCCGAGCCCAGAGCCUCCCGCUGAGUUAUGGUGUGUCUGCAAGAAGCCUGAUGAUGGAUCGUAUAUGGUUGGUUGUGAUAGAGGAGACAAGUGUAAAGUGCAGUGGUGGCACCCACAGUGCGCUAAAGACUACAUUGCAAAACGAGGAUGCGGUCUGCCACCACCGGAGAAUGAAGCGGAUGCGAGACGGGCGCACUUCAUAUACGGGCUGAAUGUGAGCGGUCCUGAGAUGGCGAUGCUCGUGAAGAAGGUUAUCAGUCUGAGUAUUGCAACUGCGGUAGUGGUGAUCAUCACGACUAUCCUAGGGGACGUAUUGUUCCACUACGUUUCCUCUGGGACAUUCUUCUCAGUGGUAGUCGGUUUGUUGGUACCUGCGUGCGGAUAUUAUGGGGCUAAGAAUAAUGACCGCAACCUCAUUGGUAUGUUCUGCGCAUGCGGUCUUUGUGGCGCCAUCUGGGCGGUGCUCCAGAUUGUAUCGGGCGUUGGUCUUGUGAGUUUCCUCAAGGUUGUGGUGGAGUACUGCGGGCCUCAUGGCGAAACUAAGAAAUCGGGAGGCCCUUUCGAGUGUGAGGAUGUGACCAAGGACUGGAGUGAUGCGCAGUAUGAUGAUGCAAAGCAUUUGGUGGACAUCGCUGCCUGGUUUAUCACCGGCGUGAUCUUAUCUCGAGAGAAGGUGAGGCUACGUCGAUCAUUGAGCUGCAGUGAUUUGUUCCGAGACAUGUUUUGCUUGAGACGCGAACUCAAGUUGCCUUUGAGGAGAGGGGAGGAAGGUGAUUGCCGAUUGACGAAAUUGUGGCGAGAUCUGCGAUGCGAGAUCAUGAAAUGGAUGGACCUGGAUAAGGCAGCCUGUGAGGAGUUCUGCUGGUGUGAAAAUAUAGUAAGAGAAGAUGGAUAG